GAUAAUUCUAACCUACAAAGUUAUAUUGAUUUUCUUUGCAAAGCUUUAAAAUUUAAUUAAUUCUAGUAAUUAUCUUGGCAUUUAGCUAUUUAAGAGAAAAUAACAAUGAAAGCUACUUCAGCGUUAAUCUAUUUCUUUGGAUUACUGCAUUUGUCCGUCUGCAUUGAUUUUGAUGGCUGGCUGAAUAUAAAAAUACUUCACACAUUAAACUGUAAGGGAGAGCAAUACUGUUCACGAGGAAAUAUUGCUUUGAAGAGCAUUAGGUCUGGGACAUCUGUUAUUGACCAAAUACACUUCAACAAACAACAUAUUGAAGAUCUGAAGAAAUUAGCUGAAGUAGAUGGAUUCUACUCAAUAAAGUCAUUAGUUACCUCAGCUGAUAACAAAGAGACAGAAUUUCUGUCUUCAGUAAAAGCCCAAGCAUUUCUAGACAAUGGGCUGUCUGACGUGAUCAAUGCAUGGAUCCUCCCCAAUGGAGCAGUAAUUGCUGUGAACUUCCAAGUUGCCAAUGGUACCCAACCUCUGGUGCAUAAUGGCCAACAUGAGUACAAAUUGAAGUCUAAUUUCUACCUCCGUCAUAUAGAUCAAGCACCGGUACCAGACACAGCAUCCUACAUCCAGAAGCUUGAGCGUGAAAGAGAAGCUAGAGAAAAGGGCGAGUUGAAAGACAACAGAUCAUUUUUAGCUAAAUAUUGGAUGUAUAUCGUGCCCAUCGCCAUCUUCGUCAUGAUCUCGGGUGCCAGCAAUCCGGAAGCAGGACCACCAGCAGCGCGUUAAUAGCACGUUGUAAAGGCAAAUAUUUCUGGUUUACACUGUACAAUGUAAUUACUAGACAAUCAUUGGUUUAAUGUAGGUGUAUAGUUAGUUUCAAUUAAUGUUAUUUAUUCCAACUUACAAAACCCUAAUUUCAACCUUAUUUAUUCAUUCCCUAUUUGUCCUUAUUAAAGCUCUGUCUAGCAUUUCAAGUAUUAUUUUAUAUGAUAGUUGAUAAGUAAUUGACAUUUCAAGUUACAAGUUGUAAGGCACUGGUCCCACCGCAAGCUUGUAAGCUAUAAGCUAUCGGCUAUAAAAACGAACAAAAGAUAAUCACUCCCGCGUAAAUAAAAGAGACACACGGCGAUGUUUAUAGUU